GCUUUCUUAGCUGACUUAAGAAUCUUCUGCAGAAUUUCUGUGAAAUUCUUAACUAUUGACUUACGAAGACUUUAUGUCUAAAUAGUAACUGCAAUGUUUAUUUUUUUAAAUGGAAUAUGUUUAAAAAGACUCCAGGAAAACAUUUUUAAAGUUAUUAUUGGAUGGGAGGAAUAUGGGGCGGAGUUGGCCUUAGAGAAAUGAUAGCAGCAUUAGUAAAAAAGAUUUUAAAAAGCACAUGCUGGGCUCAAGUCAGCAUAGCUCCAAAAGACAGGACUGAGCAAGAAGGAUCAGAAAGACAAGAUGAACGAUGUGAAGCUUGCUGUCUUGGGUGGCGAAGGAACAGGCAAAUCUGCACUUACAGUAAGGUUUCUUACCAAGCGAUUCAUUGGAGAAUAUGCUUCUAAUUUUGAAUCUAUCUAUAGUAAGCAUUUGUAUUUGGAAGGGAAGCAACUGAACCUAGAAAUAUAUGACCCUUGUUCUCAACCAAAGAAAGCAAAAUUUUCCCUCACAAGUGAACUGCAUUGGGCAGAUGGGUUUGUUAUUGUGUAUGACAUCAGUGACAGGUCCUCAUUUGCUUUUGCAAAAGCACUGGUCUACAGAAUUCGGGAGCCACAAACUAGUCAUUGUAAAAGAGCUGUGGAAUCAGCGGUGCUGCUGGUUGGUAACAAGCAAGAUCUCUGUCACGUGCGAGAGGUUGGCUGGGAAGAAGGGCAAAAGCUGGCAUUGGAUAACCGCUGCCAAUUCUGUGAAUUAUCUGCAGCAGAGCAGUGUCUGGAGGUAGAGAUGAUGUUUAUCAGAAUUAUCAAGGACAUCCUGACAAACUUCAAACUCAAAGAAAAGAGAAGACCCAGUGGAUCUAAAUCAAUGGCUAAACUGAUCAAUAAUGUAUUUGGAAAGAGACGGAAAUCUGUUUAGCAGACAUGUAAUCCUAGGGGAUUUAUUAUAUCAGAGAGUUUUAAAUAUUCACAUGAUAAUGAAAUUUGCCCUUUGUAUGCAUUAAAAAAAAUAGUUCUCUUAGAGAUAUGAACUGACUGAACAUAAACCACAGCUGUGUUUUCAAAUAUAUAGCUUGCCGUUUGGUUGUUUGUAUCUUGUACACUCAUGCUUCACACCCAGCCUUUUCCGUAUUAUAGAAAAUGGCACUCACUAUAACUUACCAAUGCAUUGCUGUAUAGUUUGCUUGUAUAACUGCUUAAUGAUUUUAUUAAACUACCUCCACAGGCCUCAGU